UUACCUGGUUUAUCCCUUUCCCCUGAAAUACAAUAAUCUUACAGAUAUACGUGCAGUUUAGUGUCCCAAGUUAUUCUUCAAAAAGUGAGUGUCCCAAAGUAAGAGGAUGUUACUUUUUGGGAUUCGUUGUUUAACAACCUACUGCCAACUGUGCUUGACCGCCGCGAGACAGGUCUUCCUAGUGCCUAAAUCUGCACGAUGGAGCCAAUGGAGAGAAUCAAAAUUGUCCUGCUGGCUUGUGGUUCAUUCAACCCCAUUACCAAUAUGCACUUGAGAAUGUUUGAGCUGGCUCGGGACCACCUUGAGGACACAGGCAAGUACAAGGUCGUGCAAGGUUUAAUUUCUCCAGUUGGGGAUGCGUACAAGAAGAAGGGUCUGAUUGAGGCCCAUCACAGGGUGCAGAUGGCCCGGCUGGCCACAGAGAGCUCAGGCUGGAUCCGUGUCAACGACUGGGAGAGCCAGCAAUCUGAGUGGGUGGAGACGGCGAAAGUUGUGAGGCAUCACCAUUCGGAGUUGUUAACUACGCUGCAGAACGAUGAUGAGGUGGACACGGUAAAGUCUUUUAAAAGAAAACGACUAGAGGAACCUGAGUGUAUGGUUCAGGGCUCCUCUGGUUGUUCAACAAGAAAAGACAUGCCCCAGCUGAAGCUGCUGUGUGGGGCAGACGUGCUGGAAUCCUUUGGCGUCCCCAACCUCUGGAAACCUGAAGACAUUGCUGAGAUCGUGAGCCGCUACGGCAUCGUCUGCAUCACGAGGGGCGACAGCGACGCAGAGCGCUUCAUCCAGCAGUCAGACGUGCUAUGGGAGAACCGCAAAAACAUCUUUGUUACACGCGAGUGGGUAACCAACGACAUCUCGGCCACGCAUGUACGUCGGGCUCUGCGGCGCGGGCAGAGUGUCCGCUACCUGCUGCCGGACCCCGUGCUCCGCUACAUCCAGGAGAGGGGCCUCUACAGUGCCGAGAGUGAGAAGAAAAACGCUGGGGUCACUCUUGCACCCCUGCAGAGAUACAGCACUACUUCAUGAGAAGGGGACAGAAGACCUGAGAAGGGGACGGAAGACCCAAAAGGUCCUUAUGGGACCUCUCAGAAAUACUUGACUGUAUUCGAGUCACAAUUGCCUUGUGUUAUGUUUACUACAGAGCAAAGAAAACGACUGGAAGUCUAAGGCUAUAGGUCUGCUGAAUGAAGUAUUUUAUGAAAUGAAUAACUGGUGUUCUGGUCAAGUGGUUUGAAUUCAGUGUUUCUGUUUACAAUGCAUAUAACUGUAAAGGAAAUGUAUUGCUGAAGAACAGGCACAAUGACCUGACUGUGACUUCUUUCUCCAGAGCCAAACAAUGAUAAUGAUCACAUGUAUAAUAGACAUUAAGACAUUAUUAUCAUUUACAUUUGAAUUUAGAACUGACUUUAUACAGCCCUAUGAAAAUGAUUAGUCUGACUAACUAAGAACUAACCAAGAACUAAUAACUAAGAUGUAUUUGUGAAUUGAAUGUAAAAAUCUGUGCUUAAUUUGGUUAAAGGAACAAGUCAACUUUU